AUGUUGAGAGUUAAUUCUAAAUCAUCAAUUAAAACAUUUGUUCGUCAUUUAUCUCAUAAAGAACUUAAAUUUGGCGUUGAAGGUAGAGCUGCCUUAUUAAAAGGGGUCAACACUUUAGCUGAUGCUGUUUCUGUUACAUUAGGUCCAAAAGGUCGUAAUGUUUUAAUUGAACAACAAUUUGGUGCUCCUAAAAUCACCAAAGAUGGGGUUACUGUUGCCAAAGCCAUUACUUUGGAAGAUAAAUUUGAAGAUUUAGGAGCUAAAUUAUUACAAGAAGUUGCUUCUAAAACCAAUGAAAGUGCUGGUGAUGGUACUACAUCGGCCACGGUUUUGGGUAGAUCAAUUUUCACUGAAUCAGUUAAGAAUGUUGCCGCUGGUUGUAAUCCUAUGGAUUUAAGAAGAGGUUCUCAAGCUGCUGUAGAAGCUGUUAUUGAAUUUUUACAAAAAAACAAAAAGGAAAUUACUACUUCUGAAGAAAUUGCUCAAGUUGCCACCAUUUCUGCUAAUGGUGAUAAACAUAUUGGUGAUUUAUUAGCUAAUGCCAUGGAAAAAGUUGGUAAAGAAGGGGUUAUCACUGUUAAAGAAGGUAAAACUUUAGAAGAUGAAUUAGAAGUUACUGAAGGUAUGAAAUUUGAUCGUGGAUUCAUUUCCCCAUAUUUUAUUACCAAUACUAAAACUGGUAAAGUUGAAUUUGAAAACCCAUUGAUUUUGUUAUCAGAAAAGAAAAUUUCUAGUAUUCAAGACAUUUUACCAUCUUUGGAACUUUCCAAUCAAACUAGAAGACCAUUAUUAAUCAUUGCUGAAGAUGUUGAUGGUGAAGCUUUGGCUGCUUGUAUUUUGAACAAAUUAAGAGGUCAAGUUCAAGUUUGUGCUGUUAAAGCUCCAGGUUUUGGUGACAAUAGAAAAAACACUUUGGGUGAUAUUGCCAUUUUAAGUGGUGGUACUGUUUUCACUGAAGAAUUGGAUAUUAAACCAGAAAAUGCCACUAUUGAACAAUUGGGUUCUGCUGGUGCCGUUACUAUUACUAAAGAAGAUACUGUGUUAUUAAACGGUGAAGGAUCUAAAGAAAAUUUACAAGCUAGAUGUGAACAAAUUAGAACAGUUAUUGCUGAUGUUCAUACCACUGAAUAUGAAAAGGAAAAAUUACAAGAAAGAUUGGCUAAAUUAUCUGGUGGGGUUGCUGUUAUUAAAGUUGGUGGUUCUUCUGAAGUUGAAGUUGGUGAAAAGAAAGAUCGUUAUGAAGAUGCUCUUAAUGCCACUAGAGCUGCUGUUGAAGAAGGUAUUUUACCAGGUGGUGGUACUGCUUUAAUUAAAGCCACCAAGAUUUUGGAUGAAGUUAAAGAAAAAGCCGUUAAUUUUGAUCAAAAAUUAGGAGUUGAUACCAUUAGAGCUGCCAUUACCAAACCAGCUAAAAGAAUCAUUGAAAAUGCUGGUGAAGAAGGUUCAGUUAUUGUUGGUAAGAUUUACGAUGAUCCAGAAUUUAACAGAGGUUAUGAUUCUCAAAAAGGUGAAUUCACCGAUAUGAUUGCUGCUGGUAUUAUUGAUCCAUUUAAAGUUGUCAAGAAUGGAUUAGUCGAUGCUUCUGGUGUUGCUUCAUUAUUGGCUACUACUGAAUGUGCCAUUGUUGAUGCUCCACAACCAAAGGGUCAACCAGCUGCUCCACCAGCUCCAGGUAUGGGAGGUAUGCCAGGUAUGUUUUAA